GGAAGUUGCUUGUUUCAGGAAACAGACUGAGCUGUCUUUUGCAAAUGAAAUUACACCAUCAUGUCAGCGGAUAACAAUAAAACAACUAUGGACGUGGACACAGCUUUUCUCAAAUCCAAGAGGGGAAUCCUGAAAGUAGCAGAGAUGGUGACUCUGUUUACAGCAUUUGUGUGUUUUGCUGUAGCAUCAAGACCAAAGUACAUUGCAGCCACAAUGCUGGAGUUUUUGAUCACUACAUUGCUGCUGUUGUUGUACCUGCUCAAACUCAACAAGAGGCUGACUUUCUUCUUUUGGCCUUUCAUUGACAUUUUCAAUUCAGUCUUUGCAGCCAUCUACUUUAUUAUCUUGAGCCUGAUGACUUUGACUACAUACACUGUCACAGGAACACUGGUUGGAGGGAUAGUUGGUUUGAUGUCAGCUGGUCUGCUCUGUAUGGACAGCUUCACACUUUUCAGGAAGAUAACAUUCAACAAGCCAAGAAGUGAAACCCAGAGUCCAGAAAACAUAUGAACAAAGUAAUUACAGUAAAUGAACACAGUAUACUAUGUGAGUAAAUUCAAAUCCCCCACCACUGAUUACUUUCCCCUGAGUUGUGAGAUCGUAAUAAUUAAUUGUGUGUGAGUCUGUACUGAACAAUAUGUCUGAAAAGUUUCUGCCACUUCAAACCUUGUACCAGUUUUCAGCAUAUUUAAAAUUACAGCUGUAAUUCUAAAUGAUGCUGCGACUUUUUUUUUUCUAAAGUGUCAUAGAUAAACAUCAAACACCAAUAAAGAUUUUUCUUUGCCUUGUGA